GCGCUGUUUGAGCGCCUCAGCGGGUCUGCUGGCACAAUGUCCAACAACAUUCGAUGAGCUGUCGCAUAGCCAUGUUGACCAUCUACGGGUACAAGAGGUAGGACAGAGCAGUGGUGCAAGCCAGGCUGGUCCCCAUCACUCGUGCUGCUUCGCUUUCGCAUACGUUCGACUAUUCGAUUCAUCUCCUUCUCACCGCAUUCAGCACAGUGAACAGCCCUUUAUUCCUUCAAGAGUGCAACGACACCUGCCAUGCGUCUUACUGCUGCUUACCUCUCAUUCUUUGCUCUUCUUUGCACUGCCAUCCUGGUGCAGGCCGCCCCGCGUGUCGAGUCUUGCGCGACACAAACGGACUGCGACUCUUGUGUUCGUACGAGUCACUGCGGGUUCUCGCUCGAUACACGAGAUUGUGUUGCGAAGGACGGCCAUUCCGGUACUCUUGCCGCAUCUGCAGCUCAGUGCAACAAGGUAUCCUUUAUCCUUGCUGUACGAAGGCUCACUCUCGCCGUGAGGGCAGUUGUGGAUGAAAAAUGGAAGGGCAUGGAAUCACACGUUCUGAAAGGCAAUGACAAAAAUCCAAAUUCCGGCCGGCAUCUCACGUCGACUUGGUUCUCGCAUGAAAAAAACAAAGACAGCGUUGAGCACAUGACCAUCGACACGGCGACAUCUCUCGCACAAGUAAAGCUUGGGUCGAAGACAAAGACGCUUUGGAUCGACAACAACGCGGAGGGCAAGGCAACGAACCUGGCACACAUGUACAGCAAGGACAUGGUCGCUGCGAUAUGCAAGGCGGCGCUCGCGGCGGCGCUCAAUUCGAAGAACUCAGUGUCGAGCGGCUCGUAUUCCGUCGCAACAGCUUUUGGGUUCAACAUUUGCGUAACGGUGUCCAAUGCACAGUGCUUCCCUGCGUACACUCAUGUGACGCUGGUUCCACCGGGUGAGAAGUGUUGAAGGUUCUCGUAGGGACCGCGGAGAAUAUCGCGUUUGUCUGAGCUCUGUCAAACGCGUGAGGUACAU